CAUUCAACAUUCAUCACGAGUGAUUGUUAAAAUUAUAACAACUUGUAGGUUACGAUGGCAGAAACGCCCAAUGAAUUCAAACUAAAAAAUCCUCCAACAGAUGGAAUUUCAGCUGCAAAAUUCGGUCCAAAUUCAAGUCAAUUUCUACUGGUGUCCUCUUGGGACACAUCAGUUCGUCUUUAUGAUGUUGUUGCCAAUAAUAUGCGACUCUCCUAUCAACAUCCAGCUCCUGUGCUAGACUGCUGUUUCCAUGAUGCAGUUCAUUCUUAUAGUGGAGGACUGGACAAUACUGUCAUGAUGUUUGACUUCAACACUAAUGCAGGCACGACUGUUGGAACACACGACUCUGCAGUGCGAUGUGUGGAGUACUGUCCCAGUGUUAAUGUAGUCAUUACUGGCAGCUGGGAUUCAACUGUCAAACUAUGGGACCCCCGUACACCAUGUGGGGCAGGCUCAUUUAGUCAACCAGAUAAGGUGUACACUAUGUCUGUAUGUGGUGACCGACUCGUGGUUGGAACAGCAGGUCGCAGGAUAUUAGUGUGGGAUCUUCGUAACAUGGGCUAUGUCCAGCAGCGACGUGAAUCAAGUCUCAAGUACCAGACUCGCUGUAUUAGAUGUUUCCCUAACAAACAAGGAUAUGUCCUCAGCUCAAUAGAAGGUCGUGUAGCUGUUGAAUACCUUGACCCAAGUCCUGAGGUACAAAAGAAAAAGUAUGCUUUUAAAUGUCAUCGUAUAAAGGAAAACGGAAUUGAAUCCAUCUAUCCCGUCAACGCUAUAGCAUUUCAUACCCAACACAACACUUUCGCCUCUGGAGGCUCAGAUGGCUUUGUCAAUAUCUGGGAUGGCUUUAACAAGAAACGCCUCUGUCAGUUCCACAGAUAUCCCAACGGAAUCUCCUCCCUUGCCUUCAGUAACGAUGGACAGGCAUUAGCUAUAGCCACAUCUUAUAUGUUCGAGGCAGAUGAGAUCAAGGAUUUACCAGAGGAUGCUAUUUAUAUUCGAAAUGUCAGUGACCAAGAAACAAAGCCAAAAUCCUGAAAACUUUGAUAUACAAACAAUUAAUACAUGUGUUCAAUACAACGUGGCAGUUACCUAUAUAUAUUACACCUUAACAUUUCUUACUACAACUUACAUGUAACAUUUUGCAAAUUUACUUGAAGAUAUUGUUUAUGAUACAAACAAGUUAAGUUGUGAGGGUCUUCUUUGUUGAUGUAAAGGUAAGGUAUACUGAUAAUAUUUAAUGAUACAAAGAUCAUUAAAGAAAAAAUGUAUGCAUGUCAGAUUUGAUUAUGCAAAGAUCUUGGAUAACUGUAAUAUGCAAUUGACAGCAGCAGCAGCAGAAAGUUGUACAUAUUUUAGUGUGGAUGUAUUAAAAUCAGGAAAAAAAUGUCCAAAACCUGUAAUUACAGAUAAAGCAAGGUUUCACUUGUAUAGUUUUAAAAACAAUGCACUGAGGCUAUUCCAGUAAAAAAGUCAACUUCACUCCAAGACUCCUAAAUGAAUCACCUCUAGCCAUAAAUCAGUUUCUUGUCUAUUACUGCUAAGUAUAUUAUUGAUUAAGUUCUUCAGGUGGUACCCCUAAACAAAACCUGUACUACUUGGGUAGGAGGAUUAUUGCUAUCAAAGGGUUACAUUCCAAAAGGAGCAGGUGAAUUGUAUAACCUGAAGUUAGAGAAGAUGGCAUCAGAUAGGUUUUUUUACUGGAAUAGACUUGAAU